UCAUAAUUAUAUUUUAUGUAUCACAAUGACACCCCACCGAUGAUGUUGCUGUCGUUGCUCUACUCGUCAAAACAACAAUUUCGGGAAAUAGGAAAUACUGAAAAUCUGUCGAGAUGGAAGCUAUAGAUAUCGACCACGACCUGGUGGUCGUUGAUGAAUUUGAUGCUCUGUAUGUUCUACGCCCUUUCAUCAUCUUAUCCCUCAUCCUCUCCCCUCCAUACCUCUUAACUACUACCUAGCUCUCUACAUACCGAUUGAACAACAAGAUCGUCAUCAUCACCAACAAUAAUAUGCCCACUACAAUGGACCACAACGCGGUCCGUUGCAGGACAAGAGGUCUGAUGCACAGCGCGGUCUCUGCGGCCGUUGCGAUCGUGCUCAGCAUACCGUUUAUGUCCAAGAUACAAGCCAGGAUACCACUGACCCAAUCUCUGCGAUCCAGAUCUAUCGAGGUUAACAAUGACAAUGUUGCGGAGUUAGAAGCGAAAGCUGAAGAGCCCCCGAGAAAAUACCCUGCAAAACAACACGCGAGGAAAGUUGCCAAAGAACUUGGGACUGACAAUGGCCUCAUCUACCUCCCUGGUCAACUGGAGUCGACAUGGGAAGACUCAGAUCAGGGCCCACCAUUCAGGCAACGUCGAUACUUCUACUACCUAACUGGUGCCGACUUCCCGGGAUGCAGCGUGACGUACGAUAUCGCCGCAGAUAAGCUCACACUAUGGGUUCCUUUCACACCGCCCGCGACAGUGCUCUGGUUCGGCAAUACCCCAUCUCCGGAAGAAUGUCUGACGAAGUGUGAUGUCCAUGACGUCAAGUACACGGGUGAACUACCAGCAUACCUAACUGCACGCCUAUCUACCGUCAAGACACUAUACGCCCUGCGACCCUCACAACUCCCCAAAUUCGACGGCUUCGACCGUCUACGCCCCAACAUCCGCGUCGACGUCUCAUCGCUCCAGCCCGCUAUGGACGAAGCUCGUCUGAUCAAGUCCGAGUAUGAAGUCGCGAUGAUCCGAAAAGCGGGCGAUGUGUCGGCGACGGCGCAUCGCAAGGUGGCGGCGUUGGUGUGUGGUGUGAGUAACACAUCUAUUCGUCAUUCUAUGAAGAAUGAAUGCGAGAUCGAAGCUGCUUUUGUUUCUGCGUGUGCGGCGGCCAAUGCGAAGACUCAGGCUUACCCUGUUAUUGCUGGUUCUGGUGCUAAUGCCUCGACGUUGCAUUAUGCGGCCAACAACGCAUCUCUAGCUGGAAAGCAAUUGGUUGUUCUCGAUGCCGGUGCUGAAUGGGCAUGCUAUGCUAGCGAAGUGACGCGCACGUUACCGCUAUCACGAGCCCGCUUUUCAAUUGAAGCCCGCGCCAUCUACGAUCUCGUCCACCGUAUGCAAGAGGAAUGUCUCAAGCGCGUUAAACCAGGCGUUGUCUUCCGCGACCUGCAAUUACACGCCACGCGCGUCGCCGUCGAAGGAUUACUCGAGCUCGGCAUCCUCAAAGACGGUACUGCGGAUGAGAUCUUUAAAAACGGCACCGGUGCAGCUUUCUUCCCACACGGACUAGGACACCACGUCGGUCUCGACGUUCAUGACGUUCUGAGUAGAGAUCUCUUGCGUCCCGCCGGCGAGGGUAUGUGGGGAAAACGCCGACCCAUCGGCCCCCAAUCCGUGCGCGCCAUGGUCAAGCAAGCAGCCAGCGAAGCACCGCCCUCACCGAGCACAUCGACGAGCAGUGUUUCUGGGCCGACACAACCGGGUACGCCUCCUCUGCCACCUCAAUCUUUGCCUCACCCCGUUCCCGAGGGUGCGGCUCGUACACCUCAACCCGGGUCCCCGGCCUCUACGCCUCCAUCUUCGCCUUCUAAAACCGCGAACGGUGAUGCAAACGGUGUAGCAGGCAAAGACAAGGCCCCCACCCCAGAGCGCAAGCAAUCCCUCGCCAACCCCCCAGAGCAACCCCAACCACAACUCCAGUCUCUCCCACAAUCACCUCCAGCCCAACUCUCACAACUCCCACAAAUCCUAAUAACCGCCCAACCACGCCCCAACACACCCCAAGCCCUACAAAAACAAGGUCAAAACGGGCACACCAAAAAACCCGGUAAAAAAUCCUCCGUCUCCGCUGGUUCCAAACGACCUCCGCAUAGCACGUUGCAGCCGGGUAUGGUGAUUACAAUCGAGCCCGGUCUAUACUUUAGCAAACCCUACGUCGAGGCGUACUUCCUUCGCCGGGCUGAACACGCUAAGUACGUCGAUGCUGAUGUCCUAGAUCGGUAUUGGGGUGUCGGUGGUGUGAGAGUGGAGGAUUGUGUGCUUGUUACUGAGACCGGAUGUGAGGUUCUGACGCGGGCGCCGAAGGGGGCGGAGUUGUUGAAGUUGAUGGGGUAUGCUUAGAUGAUUCUUCUUGCAUACAUACGAGGAGGUAUCUGGUAUGAGAUGGGAGAUGGUUGGACGCGGGUACAAAUUAGGAUAUAAGUGGGGGACAGCAUAUAGGGAAAGCAUUGUUAUUUUUUCAUGGGAUCUUAUAUGUUUAAGACUUGGAGUCAUGGAGUUUGGAUGAAGAUAGGUUGGGAUAAGGGGGUGUGAGAGAUUUUGUCUGUAUUGUAUUCCAUGUAUCUCUUUGGGUUGCAUGUCGUUUGGAGUUGGAUGUCAUAUUGUUUUUUUGGGACUUCCAAAUAUGUUUCGUUCUUU